UCAUCUUUUUCUGCAUGUGACUAGGGAAAAAUAUGUGCACGGUAGCUCCCUAAAAUUUCGUAAUCUGAUAUCUAACCUAUAUGUAGAGAGUGAAAACAAUAUUCAGAAUGAAUCUUUCCACAGUUUACCGGCUUUUUCAUUUUUCAAGAAAUUCUAUAAUACCGAUUCAAUAUACAAUACAAACUAAAAAUUAUGCUAAACCAGUAUUCCAGACAGGAAUGAAAAAACUAAAAAAAUCGGCUGCUGUAGAGAAAAAGUUAUUGCCUGUGGAAACAGAUAUUAAUAGGCUCUUGACUUAUGUGUGUGGUACAAAUAUCCUUAAAGAAGGGGGAGAAGAUGUCAAGAUAAGGCCAGAUUCUGAGUAUCCUAGUUGGUUAUGGACUAUUAGAACUGGUCCUGCACCUUCUUUGGAAGAAUUAGAUCCAAAUACAAAACAGUAUUGGAGAAAGCUGCGAGUACUCGGAUUAAAAAGAAAUAAUAAAGAAAGAGCAACUAAAAAAUUUUAAUGUAUCAUAUAAAUAUGUAUUAUAUAUAUAUAUAAAUAUAGUUUUAACAAUAUUAGAUAUUAUUUUGUAUUGUAAAU